AUGUCGCUGUCUAACAAGCUCUCCAUCACUGACGUUGACGUCAAGGGCAAGAGAGUCCUCAUCCGAGUCGACUUCAACGUCCCUCUCGACGCCGACAAGAACAUCACCAACAACCAGCGAAUUGUCGGUGCCCUCCCCACCAUCAAGUACGCCCUCGAGAAUGGCGCCAAGUCCGUCAUCUUGAUGUCCCAUCUCGGCCGCCCCAACGGCGCCCCCAACGAGAAGUACUCCCUCAAGCCUGUUGUCCCCGAGCUUGAGAAGCUUCUCGGCAAGAAGGUCACCUUCGCCCCCGACUGUGUCGGUCCCGAGGUCGAGGAGAUCGUCAACAAGGCUGAGGAUGGUGCUGUCAUCCUUCUCGAGAACCUCCGAUUCCACAUUGAGGAGGAGGGCUCUUCCAAGGAUAAGGAGGGUAACAAGACCAAGGCCGACAAGGCUCAGGUUGAGGCUUUCCGCAAGGGUCUGACUGCCCUUGGUGAUGUUUACAUCAACGACGCAUUCGGCACUGCUCACCGUGCUCACUCCUCCAUGGUCGGUGUCGACCUGCCCCAGAAGGCCUCCGGUUUCCUCGUCAAGAAGGAGCUCGAGUACUUCGCCAAGGCUCUCGAGGAGCCCAAGCGUCCUUUCCUCGCCAUCCUCGGUGGUGCCAAGGUCUCCGACAAGAUCCAGCUCAUCGACAACCUCCUUGACAAGGUCGACACCCUGAUCAUCUGCGGUGGUAUGGCUUUCACCUUCAAGAAGACCCUCGAGGGUGUCUCCAUCGGUAACUCCCUCUUCGACGAGGCCGGCUCCAAGACUGUGGGCAACCUCGUCGAGAAGGCCAAGGCCAAGGGCGUCAAGCUCGUCCUCCCCGUUGACUACAUCACCGCCGACAAGUUCGACAAGGACGCCAAGACUGGCUACGCUACUGACAAGGACGGCAUCCCCGACGGCUGGCAAGGUCUUGACUGCGGCGAGGAGUCCGUCAAGCUCUACAAGGAGGCCAUCGCCGAGGCCCAGACCAUCCUCUGGAACGGUCCCGCCGGUGUCUUCGAGUUCGAGAAGUUCGCCAGCGGCACCAAGGCCACCCUCGACGCCGUCGUCGACGCUGUCCAGAAGGAUGGCAAGAUCGUCAUCAUCGGAGGUGGUGACACGGCCACCGUCGCCAAGAAGUACGGCGUCGAGGACAAGCUCAGCCACGUCUCCACCGGUGGUGGUGCCAGCUUGGAGCUCCUCGAGGGCAAGGAGCUGCCCGGUGUUACCGCUCUGUCGAGUAAGUAA